AAACCAUGCAACGCAAAGUUUUCACACACUGAUUCACACGUUCUGUCUGGCCAUCCUCGUGGCCGAUUUGUUUUGGGGAAUAGGGUUGGUGCUGCAAAUUUGCAGCAGGGCCGCCCAAAAAAUUUGUAUCACCAUACAUCAUCUGUUGGAGCAUUAUUUUUGGCUUUUUGUGCCCUAUAAAUCAGUUUUUUGGGCACCGCAUUUGUUUUCAUCUGCUGGAGAUGCUCUUAUGUCCCAACACAUGAUCAUCAAUUAAGAGUUAAGCACACAUUUAGUUUGACACUAAGCGGCCACCCAGCAGAGCUAAUAAAUGCUAAAAACAGCUUACACAAGGAGGUGUAUAAAGCAAGCCGAAACAAUUAACAGAGGGCACAGCCGGAUGAGCUUUUCAUUAUUAUUGAGUUGGUGAGCCACGGCUAAUCCUAGGGUGGUUCAUUCACACCCGCGCUGCCCGCUCCACUUCCCCCUCUACUGCUCACAUUGCUUUGUCCAUUUCACUCAUUCAUCAUUUCCUUGUGACUUGCAGAAAUAGAUUUUCUUAUGUUUUAUCCAAAUUUUGCGUAACACUUAUCUUUUGGUUUGGCAGGUGUAAUGUACUUGAUACAGCGUGAAACUCAAGCUACAUUGGUUCCAGCAUUGUUCAGAGUUCUCAUCUUUCUGAUAUCUGCUACACCGUAUGCUCGCAUGCCGAAGGAGUUGUUACCAAAUGUCAUUACAGCCAUGUGCUGUAGAUUGUUGGACAGCCAGUCAAAUAAAAAUGAGCAUUAUGCCUUGAUGGUUAAUGUUCUAAGCUGCUUGGAAGCAGCAUUUGCAAAGGUACCACCUUCUUCAGGUGUCUUUGGAGUUCUCAUUGAUGGUUGUGCAGGACCAUCUACUCAGCAGAAGUCAAGUGUGGUAGCUGUUCUUCUUCAUUGUAUAGAAGGGGAAAUGCAUUUCAGCAUUAGAUGUGGAGCUCUCCAGGUGUUGAGAUCAGUGGUUCAUAAUUAUCCAAGCUGUGCAAACAUCAUUUGGGAAGAAGUUCGAGACAUUGUUCUUGACUUAUUGCAAGCUGAAAGCUUUGAAGACCAAAAAUGUGAUGCUAACUUUGGGCCUCCUAAAGAAGAAUUGUCAAUUAAGGGAAGAUGUCUUGUAGCUGGUAUGAAGGUAAUCGAUGAGUGUUUGCGUGUUUCAUCUGGAUUCAAGGGAGCAGAUGACCUCAAAGAAUGUAGAUUGCUCGAUAUUCAGCAGAUUUCUGACUGUACUGUAAAUAAAAAUAUUAAAUCUGCGCCCCACUUUGAAAUUGAAGCGCCUGGACCAUCACAAAACUGCAAUUUGGACAUAACACUUGGAACCAGCCGUUGGAUUGAGGUGAUAGAAACCCAUCUACCUCGAGGAUUAUCACAUGCCUCUGCUAUGGUCAGGACAGCAUCACUCACAUGUUUUGCUGGCAUGACUUCUGAUGUUUUCUUCUCCCUGCCAGUAAACAAGAAAGAUUAUGUGACUUCCUCAUCUGUUCAUGCAGCAUUGAGUGAUACAGUUGCUACUGUGAGAUCAGCUGCAUGUCGAGCCAUUGGUAUUGUUUCAUGUUUUUCUCAAAUACUGUUGAGUCCCAGUCUACCUGGCGAGUUCAUAGAAGCCAUUGAGUUUAACACACGAAAUUCAUCAACUCCAGUCCGUAUAACUGCUUCAUGGGCUUUGGCAAAUCUUUGUUCUUCUAUUCGUUUUAGAGCAUUGGAAUUGCAAGCAGAUCCGUCUGCAGGUGUACUAGAUAAAUCAACCAUAUCUUUGUUGGUUGAAAUUGCUUUGCGCCUGACGAAAGAUGGCGAAAAGGUAAAGUCAAAUGCUGUUAGAGCUCUUGGAUAUCUUUCAAGGUUUAUCAGAUUCAAUCAUCAUUCUGACGCAGUUGAUGAGCCAAGCAAUUCAGAUUUUUGCGGAGAUCCUGUCUGGCUCGAAAGAAUGGUACAGGCUUUGAUGUCUUGUGUGACAACUGGAAAUGUAAAGGUUCAAUGGAAUGUUUGCCAUGCUCUUAGCAACUUAUUCAUGAAUGACACCUUGAGACUUUCAGACAUGCAGUGGGCAUCAAGUGUUUAUAGCAUACUUCUAUUACUGCUCCGCGACUCAAACAAUUAUAAGAUAAGGAUGCAUGCUGCUGUUGCUUUAGCAGUGCCAGUCACAAGACUCGAUUAUGGGAGCUCAUUUCCAGAUGUUAUUCAAGGUCUCGAGCAUGUUCUUGAGUCAUUUUAUUCAAACAAUUUAUCAUCUUCAAACUUCAAACACCGGGACAACCUUGAGAAACAGCUUACAUUUACUGCUCUUCAUUUACUUGGUUUUGUUUCACCGAAGGAUGACCAAAGCCUGAAAGAUUUUCUUAUCAAGAAGUCAUCCUUUCUAGAAGACUGGCUAAAGUCAUUAUGCUCUUUGUUCAAUAGUGCCGAGGACCAGCCUCUGGCAAGUGAGACCAUAAAUGAUGAGGAUGGUUUCAGCCCAAAUGUAUCGCAGAAAGUUAUGUUGUCCUCUGCUGUACAGUCCUUGCUCAUUGUCUAUACAAGUGGAAACCAGCAAACCAUUGCUCAGAGAUUUGAGCAAUUGGCUAGAAGCAUAGCGUGAGUGACAAAACAAAUCAAUGGUGGUCUCCACUCCCAUUAACAAGCAGCAAGAUAUUGGUCAUCUAACUUCAGGGAAGCAAACUCACUGCUUCCAAUAAGGAGAGGCAACCCGACUUGUACAUUAAUACAUUCCAUGAAUUGGACGAAGCUGCCGAGUUGGGCGAUUUCAGAUCUUGGGCAGCAUGCAAGAGCUCCUGACAGCUAUAGCCAGACUCGGGUCGAUGCAGAACUGUCUCUGGUGUUGUAUUCUGUUGUAAAAGUAGUUCUUGAAUUUCUUCCAGGUGUGGCCAUGUUGUACAUCAUAUUUGUUGAUUGUUAGUGUGCAUAUAUGUAUCAGAUAUAUACUUGAGGGACUUAUUCCACUGGAGUUCUGCAAGCCCAAAAUUAUGGAUUAUGUUCCAUAUAAUCAUGGAUAUGAAUUGUUCGAAUUAUUUAUUCAUGGAUAUGAAUUAUUUAUUCCGGAUGUUA